AUGUUAGUGGCCAAAACGAGCAACAACAGCAGCAAUAGCACCAGCACACGCAACAACUGGCGAUGGAGCCGACUGGCGUUGGCCGUUAAUCUGUUUGCCUACUGCUGCUGCGCCUCCUCCGCGGCCACGCCCACCACAGCGGUGACCACGGCCGCCCUUCUCACGGGUCACCAGCUGCUGCCCUGGCAAACGGCGUCCUUGGCGGCCACCACGCCCUCCACCGCCCGCAAUCUGUACGCUCCCUACCAGAGCUUCAGUCGGCAGGACGACAUCAGCUUCAAGGAUGUGCGCCAGCGCAGCGAUGGCACGGUGGUGCAGUCCUUCGGUUCCUAUCGCACCGCCCGUCAGUUGGGCGCCAGUGCUCCGACCACCGCCCAGCGACGCUCCGACUCCAACUCCAAUUCCGCGGUGGAGAUCGUCCCUGCUCCGUCCGUGGAGCUGCCCCAGAGCGAGCUGAUCACGGUGCCCAAGCAGCUGGUGCCCACCAUGCCGGAGAAUGUGACGCGUCAGGGGAGGCGGCGCAACUACAUGUACAUUCCGCUGCAAACGGAGGGGGGUGAGAACGGAGGGGCAUCCACGGGGGCCUUCCUGCAACUGCGCCCCAGUCGGAAUGCCACCCUUUCCGCUCUCGGUCCUCCUGCCGAUGGAGUGGCGGCGGUGGCCCAUGAAUUUGGCGCCGAACUGGCCACCCAGGGCAGUCCGGAACAGCAGCCACUGGAGCUGGAACUCGGUCCCGAGCGCACAGAACGCAGUGACCUCCUGGCCUCGGCCAGUUCCACGGAUAAGCUGGAGUACGCUGAGCCGGAGAACACAAGUCGGCGUGUGGGCUUCCAGUUUCCCAGCUACAGCCUGAAGCCCGCCAGCCCCUUCCACCCGCAGUCGUAUCGCGAGGACAAUCCCAUCUUCGGGGAGACCAGUGCCGGUGGCUAUGAGCCUCAGCCGUUCAGCGAGGAUGCGGCUCCCGCUCCGCCUGCUCCCACGCAGUACGAGGCUCAGCAUGAGACGCGGCACACCCGGCAGCUGUACUUUGAUUCGGACUCUGCGGCCUCUUCCAGCUUCGAAUUCCCCGGCCUGGUGAGCAACUCCAAGCCCCAUGGACUCAAGCUGUACCGCGACGAUGUCACCAAGUUUGGGGACAUCAAUGGUCCGAUCACUGCCCUGCCGCAGCAGCGACCACAGCGCGGCUUCUAUUUCGGCGACACCGAGUUCCGGACGGGUCCGCCCGCUCCGGUCCGCCAGUUUGGCCCGCAGAAGAACUUCCAGGAGUACGUGGGGCCCAGUGAGUACCAGGGAUCGCGCAAGAGCCGGUACUAUCCCUACAAGUCAUCGCGCAGUCCUCGGGUCGUCUUCCCCACUAACGAAAAUGUGGGCACCACCGGACCUAGUGGUCCUCCCGCCGGCGCAAGUGGACCCUCCGGAAAUGGAGUUUAUUUCAGCGAUAACAUUGCUUUUAGGGACCAGAACUUUGGCAUCAACGAGCUGGCCGCCGUGCAGGAUGUGCGCAACGACUACAGUCUGCAGGAGCUGGACAGCGCCUCGGAGGCGACCAGCAGUCCGCAGUCGGCGAGCACGUUUAAGGAGAAAGUCGACAUCACAACGGACACGGAGUGCCAGCACCGGGGCGGUACGUGCGAGUUCUUUUUGGGCUGCUGGCUCUCCGGCGGCCUCAUUCAGGGCACCUGCGACGGACUGCUGCGCGGCUGUUGCCACCGCACGGCCAAGUCGGCCAAUCUGGGCAGCUCGGACUUCGUCGGCAAUGCCGUAGAUCUCACAGAUCUGCCGCAAAAGAACUACGGACCGGUCAACAACGAACCCAGCUGCGGCAUUUCGCUGGCCAAGCAGACCGCCCAGCGGCGCAUUGUGGGCGGCGAUGAUGCGGGCUUUGGAUCCUUUCCCUGGCAGGCCUACAUCCGCAUCGGUUCCUCCAGAUGUGGAGGUUCGUUGAUCUCCCGCCGUCACGUGGUCACCGCCGGUCAUUGUGUGGCCCGGGCCACUCCGCGCCAGGUGCAUGUCACGCUGGGCGACUACGUGAUCAACUCGGCCGUGGAGCCACUGCCAGCCUACACCUUCGGAGUCCGGCGGAUCGAUGUGCAUCCGUACUUCAAGUUCACUCCGCAGGCGGACCGCUUCGACAUAUCCGUGCUCACGCUGGAACGCACCGUGCACUUUAUGCCACAUAUAGCUCCCAUUUGCCUGCCGGAGAAGAACGAGGAUUUCCUGGGCAAGUUCGGCUGGGCCGCCGGAUGGGGAGCACUGAAUCCAGGAUCGCGGCUGCGUCCCAAGACGCUCCAGGCCGUGGAUGUGCCCGUGAUCGAGAACCGGAUCUGCGAGCGCUGGCAUCGGCAGAACGGGAUCAACGUAGUCAUCUACCAGGAGAUGCUGUGCGCGGGAUACCGGAACGGGGGCAAGGACUCGUGCCAGGGCGAUUCCGGAGGUCCUCUGAUGCACGACAAGAACGGACGUUGGUACUUGAUUGGUGUGGUCUCCGCUGGAUACUCCUGUGCGUCCCGCGGCCAGCCAGGAAUCUAUCACAGCGUCAGCAAGACGGUGGACUGGGUGUCCUACGUAGUCGGACUCACGAUGAACAUCUAGAGGAGCGACACUAAUUUAUUCUCAUUGCAUUCGCAUUCUUAUUUGCACCUGCCUGCUAAGUGGGCCACAGAUUGUUUUGUACAUAACUCACUUCAUUCUGCUCCCGACUCUGCUUUCGAUCCACGCCGACUUAAUUUAUGGUUACACAAGAAAUAUAAUAUAAUAUAAUUUAACAAAAACAAAUUAGCGCAGUACAAUUUAGCAGUUAGGACUGGCUGUGUGUGUCUGAAAGAUACACACGUGUGCGAUAUGUUUGCAAACACCCUAAACACCUUUAAAUUAAUUAUAUCUGAUAAUUACGGUCUAAUUUACUUAGUCAUAUGCGCUGUUAUGUAAUUUUAAAACUAUUUAUGAACUACAUUUCGUGUGUAAAUAAAUUAUACAAAUGUUGAAAUGAAUUCGAA